GCGGCUGGCGUCCUGGAGACGGACGGAGGCCGGGAAGGAGCAGCCGCGCGCUGGGGAGAUGCUGAGCCCCGAACGCCUUUCCCUGCCGGGGCCCGAGUACCUGGCUCAGAGACAUGUCCUCACGUACAUGGAGGAUGCAGUGAGCCAGCUGCUGGAGAACAGAGAAGAUAUUAGUCAGUAUGGCAUUGCCAGAUUCUUCACUGAAUAUUUUAACAGUGUGCGUCAAGGAACUCACAUUUUGUUCCGAGAGUUCAGCUUCAUCCAAGCCACACCCCACAACAGGGCAUCCUUCCUACGGACCUUCUGGAGAUGCUUCCGAGCAGUAGGUAAAAAUGGAGAUUUGCUGACAGCGAAGGAGUACCAUUGUCUGCUGCAGCUGCUCUGCCCUGACUUCCCAAUGGAACUUACUCAGAAGGCAGCAAGGAUUGUGCUCAUGGAUGAUGCCAUGGACUGCUUGAUGUCUUUUUCUGAUUUCCUCUUUGCCUUCCAGAUACAAUUUUACUACUCAGAGUUCCUGGAGAGUGUUGCUGCCAUUUAUCAAGAUCUGUUGACUGGUAAGAAUCCGAACACUGUGAUUGUGCCAACAUCAUCCUCUGGGCAGCACCGUUCACGCCUGGCUCCGAGUGAGUGCAGCCCACUUGAUGGGGUGGAGGCAUCUCUGUUCUACCACUGUCUAGAGUCCCUGUGUGAUAGGUCAAAAUACAGCUGUCCCCCAUCUGCCCUUGUCAAAGAGGUACUGAGCAGUGUACAGAGACUGACCUUCUAUGGAUUCCUUAUGGCUCUUGCAAAGCAUCAUGGGAUCAACAGAGCCCUAGGGGCUCUGCCAGAUAAAGGAGACCUGCUUCUCGACCCUCCCAUGGAUCAGGAAUUGGAGAAACUACUAUCUCAGGUUUCAGGGCUCUCCAUCUCCACUCCAGCCGGCUCCAGUGGGGACAUUGCCAACCUGCCUACCCGCACCUCCCCAAGAAUCAGCUCUCCCUGGAAACCUCUCCACCACCGCCAGAAAGUGAAUACAGAGAGCGAUGGCUCCACCGACGAGACAGAAUCCUCUGAGAACUAA